AUGGAGAACAAGCUGGUCAUUGCCGGGGGGAGGGAGGUGGGGGGUUGGGUGAAGUUAAAAUCAAAAAUGAAAUUACUGGGAGUUUUAUCUCCUGUCAAAAAUUCCACUGUCAGUUUAGACCUCAUUAACCUAUAUAUGGUAAAUCAGAUAUCUUGCCGGAAGAAAACACCUGAAACUGUGAGAAAACCAAUCUAUGUGAAUAUGAAUAGAGACAUAAAAAUGCCCCUAAGAAAACAUGAUUUAGAACUUCCAGUGUCGCCUCACCUUGUUCCAUCUAACCUCUGCAUUGAUGAUAUAGAAAACAAUAUACACUAUCAAAGACAAGGCAGCAGGGAAGAACUUGGCCCAGUUCAGUCUUCACAAGUCAUGGCCUCAUAUAGAAUGUUUGAACCUCCGUUCAACAGAACAGAAAACUGCAGUUUCACUCCAUCUUUUUCAGCCGAAUUGUCUUCUGACAGACAUAUUACAAAACAAAAUUUUAUCCCCAGAAUAGUGCCUAGUCCUCAGAAAGUUGCAUAUGAAAAAAAGCAGAAUGAGCAGCUCAGUAAUGUUAAUUAUUCUAAUUCCUUGGUUUCCCAAUUAAACAAAAAUCAAGAUGCUCUCAGUCCAUCAUAUAGAACAGCACAAUUUGGAACAUUAUUCGACAGAUUAAACAGUCCAGGAAAUAAGAAUUUCCUUACUGGAAGACCUGCUAUAGUUACAGGUGAAGAUUGUGGAAGCAUGAAUGAGAGGAGACAGUCAGACUUCAUUACUGAAAAACAGUCAGUACAACAGAUUUGGGAAGAAAAUAGAAAAGAGGUUUCAAAUUUUCUUGAAGAUGUGAACCAGCCAACUCCCAGCCUUUUGUCAGAGAAUCGUGACUCUUUUGUUAGUGAAAAUGUGAUCAAUUCAUUAAACAUAGAUCAACAGAGGAUAAAGAAAACCUUUGACAAGUGUGGUUAUGACAGUAUGGGAGAUAUUUGUGCAAUCACUAGUUCUGAUAAAAGGCAUUCCACUGAUACAUGCAUUAGAAGUACUUUUACAAAUCCAGAUUUGGCUUGUAGUAAUUCUACUUUUAAUAAAACAAGUUAUCCAGAAAAGUGUCUGCCAAACAAGAACUAUCAGAAAGAGUACAACAAUCAUGAAAGAAAUAAUCUUAGUGCAUCUUUUGAGAAGGAUAGUUACCCAGCCAGCUCUGAAAAAAAAGGAAAAUUUGAACGUGAUUACCAAGACAAGACACCACAGAAAAAAAUCCAGAAAUAUCCAGUGAACCAUAUGGUUAAUAACCCUUUGGAAGAAUUGCAUUCAAAGCAGUCGUGGAACUUUGGACUUGGUGAGAUUCUGAUGGAAGAAGGAGGAACGUGUUCUUUAAAAGGCAGGCCAACAUCUACUAAGAAAAUCUAUCUUGAUUCGUCACAGAGUAGUCAGUCUGCCAGUUACUCUCCAAGGCCAACAGAUAGUUGUUUCAGUUCUAGUUCAGAGAUGCUAUCUGAAGAUGAAGAUCAAAUAUUGCAGCAAAUUGAAGAUUCAAAUAGGAGAUCCAUCAAAACCAAAGAAACAACUAAUAAUUUUUAUUUAGAAAGGAUGGCAAAACUUCCACAUUAUAGGAUUAUUAAAAACAACACCAAAAUUCAUGAACAAAAUGAGAAUUUUCACCACUUCUCAAUGAAAAAUAAUACAGAUCAGUUUCCACCAUUGCAGUGUAAUUCAGCACACGUUGUGCAAAACAAAACCAGUAAUAAUUGCAUUCUACAAGUUGCAAGAUGUGAUGCAUGGGUACAAACUGAGAGUGAACCUGUAAUGAAAGCAAAAUUAGAUGCUGCCAUACAGUGUGAUAUAAUUUCAAAAUGUAAAUGUAGAAGUGAUGUGUCUUCUCUUUGUGAUGUUGAAAGGUGCAGUGAAAAUAUUAAGGCAGAUACCACUGGAGGGCAGGAAAUCCUUAAGAACAACUAAUAUUCUAAAAUCUCAGCCUGAGAUUUAGCAUUUCACUUAAUGUUCAGAAUUUCAUUAAUGUAAUAAGGAAUGAGAAAAUGCAGCAAAGCACAAAUGAAAGUAUUCACAAGAUAUAUUUAUGGUUUGUUU